AAUGCCUGUCCCAGGUCCCUACCAGGUGCCCGUAGACAUCUGCAGGCUGGAGGUAGAAGGUGGAGUUGAGCAGCUCUUCUAGCCUGCGCGGAACGUCGUUCUGCUGGUAGUACUCCAUCGCUUGCUGCUUCAGCUUCUGCAGCGCCCUAGUGGUCCCACAGCUGCGACCGCCGCCUUCUUCCCCCAUGAUGGAGAGUGCUGGCGUGUACGGAUUCUGUGGGUGUAAAGCAAGGAACAAACUGAAGUGUGAUUCAAGGCGGGAAAUAACUGCUUCAGAAACGGCCCCCUCGUCUGCAUAUUCCUCUCCGGCCCGGAGUCUUGGGGAGACAGGAAUAACACCUCUGUCUCCUUCCCAUAUCGUGAAUGACACUGACCCGAACGUCUCUGAGCAGCAGACGUUUCUUGUGGUAGUCGCCGUUGACUUUGGGACCACGUCCAGCGGCUACGCCUACAGCUUCACCAAGGAGCCGGAAUGCAUCCACGUGAUGAGGCGAUGGGAAGGAGGUGACCCCGGCGUGUCCAACCAGAAGACGCCAACCACCAUCCUGCUGACCCCUGAGAGGAAAUUCCACAGCUUUGGCUAUGCCGCCAGGGACUUUUACCACGACCUGGAUCCCAACGAGGCCAAGCAGUGGCUGUAUCUGGAGAAGUUCAAGAUGAAGCUUCACACCACUGGGGACCUCACCAUGGAUACAGACCUGAUGGCGGCAAAUGGCAAAAAAGUCAAAGCCCUUGACAUCUUUGCUUAUGCCCUGCAGUACUUCAAGGAGCAGGCACUGAAGGAGCUGAGUGACCAGGCGGGUUCAGAGUUUGAGAACUCUGAUGUCAGAUGGGUCAUCACGGUGCCUGCCAUCUGGAAACAGCCAGCCAAGCAGUUCAUGAGACAAGCUGCCUACCAGGCCGGCUUGGCCUCCCCAGAGAACUCAGAGCAGCUCAUCAUCGCCCUGGAGCCCGAGGCGGCCUCCAUCUACUGCCGGAAGCUGCGGCUGCACCAGAUGAUCGAUCUGAGCGGCAAGGCCACGGUCAAUGGGUACAGCGGCAGUGACACAGUAGGAGCUGGGUUUGCACAGGCUAAGGAACACGUACGGCGUAAUCGGCAGAGUCGGACCUUUUUGGUGGAGAAUGUCAUAGGAGAAAUCUGGUCCGAGCUGGAGGAAGGUGACAAGUACGUGGUUGUGGACAGUGGAGGUGGCACAGUAGAUCUGACAGUCCAUCAGAUACGCUUACCAGAGGGACACCUUAAGGAACUGUAUAAAGCAACAGGUGGACCCUACGGAUCCUUAGGCGUAGAUUAUGAAUUUGAAAAACUCCUGUGUAAAAUAUUUGGAGAGGAUUUUAUCGAACAAUUCAAAAUCAAGCGUCCUGCGGCCUGGGUUGACUUGAUGAUUGCGUUUGAGUCUCGCAAGCGGGCGGCUGCCCCAGACCGAACCAACCCCCUCAACAUCACCCUGCCCUUCUCCUUCAUUGACUACUACAAGAAGUUCCGCGGCCACAGCGUGGAGCAUGCCUUGAGGAAGAGCAACGUGGAUUUCGUGAAAUGGUCCUCACAGGGGAUGCUGAGGAUGAGCCCGGAUGCGAUGAACGCCCUUUUCAAGCCGACCAUCGACAGCAUCAUUGAGCAUCUCCGGGACCUGUUUCAGAAGCCUGAGGUGUCCACUGUCAAGUUCCUCUUCCUGGUGGGCGGCUUUGCGGAGGCCCCCCUCUUGCAGCAGGCCGUGCAGGCUGCCUUCGGGGACAAGUGUCGCAUCAUCAUCCCCCAGGACGUGGGCCUCACCAUCCUGAAGGGCGCGGUCCUCUUUGGCCUGGACCCUGCCGUCAUCAAGGUACGCCGGUCCCCACUCACCUACGGGGUGGGUGUGCUGAACCGCUACGUGGAGGGCAAGCACCCCGCCGAGAAGCUGCUGGUGAAGGACGGCACCCGCUGGUGCACAGACGUCUUCGACAAGUUCAUCUCUGCCGACCAGUCCGUGGCCCUGGGCGAGCUGGUCAAGCGUAGCUACACCCCGGCCAAGCCCUCCCAGCUGGUCAUUGUCAUCAACAUCUACAGCGCUGAGCAUGACGACGUCAGCUUCAUCACCGACCCCGGGGUGAAGAAGUGCGGCACGCUCCGCCUGGAUCUCACCGGGACUGGAGGCACGGCGGUGCCUGCCCGGAGGGAGAUCCAGACCCUCAUGCAGUUUGGGGACACCGAGAUCAAGGCCACGGCCAUCGAUAUAGCCACCUCGAAGAGUGUCAAAGUGGGCAUCGACUUCUUAAAUUACUAACCAGCUCUCCCUGUCGCCUGCCCCCUUGGACUCAGCUCACCUGCAUCUGCUGACCUCAACCCUGACUGUUCUUUCCCUGAUCUUGACCCUUGACCUUACCCGCCUGAAUUUCAGCAGGGAAGAUGAGAGCAACCAGGGCUAGAAAUAGAUAGGGAUGUUUGAGGGCACAUUGGCGUCAGAAAACCUGUCAGAAAUUGAGAUUGAGGUUUGGGAGUAGGGAAUUCACAUAUCCCAGAGGAGCAGCUAGUUUCCAUAGGUACCAAAGUGGAGAGGCACCACCCGACAAGGCAGGCAGUGCACUUCUGCAGCAACGAUCGAGCUCGCUUUGAACAGACCUCAGUUAAGUCGUUAGGAUGCCCUCCCGUUAUGUUUUAGAUUUGAAGUCUGCUCUUUAAGCCAAGAGGAGAUUCUUCAUCUCUUUGAGACUUUUUGUUUUAAAUGUUUUGGAUGUCAGUCAAUAUAAAAAGCAACCCAUCUGCAGUUAAGUUCUUUUCAUCAUCAUGUGAUUGAAAGUGAUGAUUCAGUGGGAAUUUGGAGCGUUUUUAGCUGGUAGGAGAAGACUGCCUACACUGGGCACUAUUUUAGGUUUUCAUAAAAUUUAAAUUCCAGAUAGGCUCAGUGAAGAAAAACUGUAGACUGCAGCCUCAGCUAAUCCACUAGGGUUCCUGUGAGUAGGAGAGCUGACACCUCAGCUUUUCAGUAGACAAACCUCGCUUUGAUAGAAAUGGAUGGUUAAGGACAACUAACGUGUCCCAAAUUGUAUGCUGUAUCUGAUUCCAAAUGCCAAAUCCUGAUUUCUGAAUUCAUAAAAAGUUCUCGUUACUCUUAGUAGCACUUGGAUGUGGAAAAAUCAGGUUGCAACUGUUGGCUUCACCAAGCUCAGGGGUCCAGAAUGGCCCCUUGCCCUGGAAAGGAUAGAUUUUUACCCUCCUCCCUACUUACCCUCACCCCCCCAAGAAUUAUGGCCAUUUGUUCCCACAUUUAAAAAAGAGUACGUUGGUGAAACAUGAGAGAUGAAUUCUAUGUUCUACUAAAAUCUUCAGUAGAUAAAGUCUUUCUAAAAAGAAUCUGUAGAUCUAUACUUCAUGAAUUACGCCCAUUUUUUUCAAAGCCAUUCUGUGGAUCACCUGCAAGUGAAAUGCCUGUGCACGUGUUAAAAACAGAUUCCUGGGUCCCAUCCCUUUUACUAACUGAAGCCAAAUCUUGGAGAGGGCGACCCAGAAUCUGAUUUUUCAUAUAUACCACAGGUGAACUCCUAAAUUUAGUUUGUGUCGAGAGCCGAAGCCCAGACAUGUUUGUCCAUGGAGUGAUGCCCUCACACCUUGCCCUGUGGGUGGAUGGGGCUGGGUCCCCACCUGGCUUGGUGCCGGCACUUUUAACCCUCACAGGAAGGACUGGGGGAGGAAAACGAUGGGAAGAAAGGAACCCCAAGAGCAGGACUGGCUGGGGAGCCAACCGGUGGGUAUGAGCUCUAUCCUCACCUCGGUUCAAAGCCAGGAGCCACCUGAGGAAAAAGAAUAAAGAAUCUCGCUCACACACAGCCCAUCUGACUUGUUCAAAGCUGUCUUUUCCGCCUGCUGGGAUCCAUUCAUUCCAAUUUUAAAUCACUGGAGGCAUCAUGAAAGAACAGAGAAUGAACUUAGAGUACAAGUUGAAUUCACAAACCCAUUAUCAUCAUUGGUAUGCUGAUUUUUAAAUCACACUUCAAUUUCCAUUUUAACAUGUCUUCUUUUUGCAUCGCCUGCUGCAGAAUUCCCUACUAGAAUUUGAAACGUGCACAAACCACAGAACUAGAGAAUGUCAGCUACAUAACUUGGCAGAGGGAUUUCACAUCCAGUCACAAAGGUGCGUUUGCUAGCAUUCUCUUUCUCGCUGCCUGCUCUGCCUCAAAAGCCAGAUGUCAUGGGUCUUCCUUUGGUGUUGCCAGCCAUACUUUACAAAUAAGACUUUUCAAUUCAGUUAUGAGUAAUAUAAUUUUAUGUAUAUACAAUAUUAGAAUAUUGUACAGAAUCUUUAUUUCUAUAAUAUGUUUUUCUUGUAAACAAGGAAAAAGAAAAAUGCUCUUUGAUUUUGGUUGAUGACAUUGCUGCCCUUUAUUUUCCACGAUUUCAUUUCAUAAUUGUGCUCACUUACCAUUGAUUUGUACCAAUACCAGUCUAUGGACUAUGUAUGCAAGACUGAGUGUUAGAGAUGCCUAGGGUCAGAAGACUUUGAGCUGAUGGUUCACUUGGAUCAACAGCUUUGUCAGACCCUUCUACAAGAACAUCCUUCCCAAAGGUUCACAGUUUAAACUUAAAUGAGCAUCAUAAAAUGUCGAUUCUCCUGUCCACUCUUUGAGAGCUGAGCAUUCUGGUUCUAUAAGCAAUGUGCCUGUGCAGAAAAAACUAUGAAAAUUCUUUGCAUCCCUACAGUGGGGAGUCAACUUCUCCUUCUGGGACAAAGCAGUCACUCUGAGGGAAAGUGUGGUCCACUGAGUGAUGUUUUCAGUACGCCAGGGUCAAAGGAAGGAAUCAAAUGGGGCAUAAAUCCAGCUUUUCUCCUGGAUUCAGUCUAAGUGUAAUAUAGUCAAUCCCCUCUUGUUUUGGCUAAUGUAAGGCCUUUCCCACCUUGUCUUGAGGAUGUCUCCUUGCUGAUUUCUCUAACUUAAAUGAGCUGGUUAAAAUAUGAAGUGUUGGCAAAUAAAUGAUGGAGAAGGGGCAGUAAUUUGACUGAUCUUUCUUCUGGCCCCCUGAAGUUAUAACCCCAGAAGGGGGUUAGAAGGAAACCCCCAAACCUAGCCCCCUGUCACUGAAAUAUUCUAGAAUAAAAGCACUGGAUAAAUGGACUUGGACACAUUUUCUAAUCUUAGAGAGUUUCAAAAAGGCCUGUUGUCCUGACCCACUACUUAACUGUCCCUGGCAUAUUAUCUGAUAUUCACGUUUCUUGGAAGUGGAACUGUCAAAGAUUUGCUUUGUAACUGCCCCUUCUGUACACAGCAGGCAUUAAUAAAUGCUGAAUGGCAGACUGAUAGGAAACAGGGAGAAAUGUUCAAGUGCUUUUGCAGAGUGAUGGCUAAGACAAGUCCAGAUUACAGAGCUUGCCCUACCCUUAGAACGUUAUUUAGAUCAAAUUUAGCUUUUAGAGUCCAGGUCUGGUUAAUUGCCAGGGUAGCAAAGAAUCGCAUGCACCAAUAUAAACAGGAGUCAAAAUGCACUGGUAGUCGAAGAUCGAAUUUCACAUCGCAGAGAUGUAAUAACUGUGAUUAAGCUGCAUAUUUAUGCCAGGAAAUGGCUUAAGUGGAUGGCUAGAAUAAAAGUUGUUGGUUAUAAUGUCACACCUCUCAUCUGCUUGGAAUAUGGAACUAUAUUCUAAAAUAUCAGCCACUGGGGUCUUGUUCACGGCAAGAUAAACUCAAACUUCACAGAACUUUGCAGCAGUUCACAUCUUGACGGGAUUGUAUCUGCAAACUUUUGCCUUCACGGAUAUCUAAUAAAGCAAAACUCUGGAUCUCUG